GUUCCAUGUGUUAUACUCAAUAUGACCUGCUGGUGGUGCGUCUGUGUAACAGGAGUCUGCUAUCCGUCGAAAAUACAAUUUGUACCAUGCCAGCACAGGAGGACAAAGUAGUCCAAUAAUUUAACCAGUUCUGCUUUGACGGAUGUAUCUCGCACUUGCGCGUGACAAUCAAUGCCUCGUUUUCAGAAUAAUUGUAUUCUGCGGAUAAGUGUCAUUUCUGGAUUUUUUUUGAUUGAUUGGUGUAGCUAACGUUGUUUGAUUGUAACGAGUUUUUUGGAACCUCCAGAGCUGCUAACUGAAGAGAGGACAUCUUCAAGUGCUAAACUGGGAAACAGAAAAUGUUAAAGAAAUGAUAGAGGCACAGGAGCUCCAAUCAGAUUAUCACUUCCCUCAGGAGGCCGAUACUCAGUUAUCUUCAGACACAGAUUUUGAGGAUCCAGAGGGCUACAAUGCAAAACUCGGAAAAGCAAAGGGUGUUAAACAGGGGAGGAAGGGAGCUGGUGAGAAGGGCAAAGGUUCAGGAGGCAAAAGUGGUGGGCAGAACCGCGUCAAUGGCCACCACCAUGAGAAUGGCAUGGAAAACCUGAGCCUGUUUGAGAUGGUUAAAAUGGGCAAGAGUGCCAUGCAGUCUGUGGUAGAUGACUGGAUUGAGUCAUACAAGAAUGAAAGAGACACUGCAUUACUGGAGCUUAUCAACUUCUUCAUCCAGUGCUCAGGCUGCAAAGGUGCUGUGAGCUCGGAAAUGUUCAGACAUAUGCAGAACUCAGAGAUCAUCCGAAAGAUGACGGAGGAGUUUGAUGAGGACAGCGGAGAUUAUCCGUUGACUAUGUCAGGGCCACUGUGGAAGAAGUUUAAGUCAAAUUUCUGUGAGUUCAUCGGGGUGCUGGUGCGACAGUGUCAGUACAGCACCAUCUAUGAUGAGUACAUGAUGGACACGGUCAUCUCGUUGCUCACCGGCCUGUCUGACUCCCAGGUCCGAGCCUUCAGGCACACCAGCACGCUCGCAGCAAUGAAGCUGAUGACCGCUUUAGUUAAUGUAGCUCUGAACCUCAGCAUCAACAUGGACAACACUCAGAGACAGUACGAGGCGGAGCGGAACAAAGCCAUCGCAAAGCGAUCUGGGGAACGAGUGGAGUUAUUGUUCCAAAAACGCAAAGAGCUUCAGGAAAAUCAAGAUGAAAUUGAAAAUAUGAUGAAUGCUAUCUUCAAAGGUGUCUUCAUACACCGUUAUCGUGAUGCAAUAGCAGAGAUUAGAGCCAUUUGUAUCGAGGAGAUUGGUGUUUGGAUGAAGAUGUACAGUGAUGCGUUUCUGAAUGACAGCUACCUGAAAUACGUUGGUUGGACGUUACAUGAUAAGCAAGGCGAGGUGCGUCUGAAGUGUCUGGCGGCCCUGCAGGGUUUGUAUUAUAACCGGGAACUCAACAGUCGCCUGGAGCUCUUCACUAGUCGCUUCAAGGAUCGCAUUGUGUCCAUGACCUUGGAUAAGGAGUAUGAUGUGGCUGUACAAGCUGUCAAACUCUUGACCCUAGUCUUACAGAGUAGUGAUGAGAUCCUGACCUCUGAAGACUGGGAGAGCGUCUAUCACCUGGUGUACUCUGCCCAUCGACCGCUGGCCGUGGCAGCAGGGGAGUUCCUCUACAAGAAGUUGUUCAGCAAUCGCAGUACCGAGGAGGAGGGCAUGCUCCGAAGGGGAAGACAGAGUCGCAAUGCAAAUCUAAUCAAGACUACAGUUUUCUUCUUCCUGGAGAGUGAGCUCCAUGAGCACGGGGCUUACCUGGUGGAUAGUCUGUGGGACUGUGCGUCAGACCUGCUGAAGGACUGGGAGAGCAUGAUCAGCCUGCUGCUGGACGAGCCUUUCCCAGGAGAGGAAGAGCUGACCGACCGACAGGAGACGGCUCUAGUUGAGAUCAUGCUGUGUGCCGUUCGCCAGUCCUGUGAGUGCCACCCUCCUGUGGGCAGAGGAACUGGCAAGAGGGUUCUCACAGCCAAAGAAAAAAAAUCUCAGCUGGACGAUCGGACGAGAAUCACAGAGAUGUUUGCUGUCGCGCUCCCAUUGUUACUAGCAAAGUACGCGGUCGAUGCAGCAAAGUUAACUAACCUGCUGCAGCUGCCCCAGUACUUUGACCUGGAGAUCUUCACCACUGGCAGGCUGGAGAAGCACUUGGAGUCGCUGCUCCGUCAGAUCCGUGAGGUGGUGGAGAAACACACGGAGACGGAUGUGCUGGAGGCCUGUUCCAGAACCUUCCAUGCCCUCUCUAAUGAAGAGUACACCAUCUUCAACCGUGUGGACAUCGCACGGAGUCAGCUCCUGGACGAGCAGGUCGACAAGCUCAACAGUUUGCUGGAGGAUUAUUUACAGGAGGGAGAGGAGAACGAUGAGGAUGAUGCAUAUCAGGUCUUGUCUACACUGAAAAGAAUCACAGCCUUCCAUAACGCUCAUGACCUCUCCAGGUGGGACCUCUUCACCAACCUCUACAGACUCCUCAACACAGGCCUGCAAAACGGGGACAUGCCACAACAGAUUGUGAUCAAUGCCUUGCAGUGCACACACUUUUCCAUUCUGUGGCAACUAGCCAAGGUUUCCAAAGGCACUGCAAAACAGAGUGACAUGGUGAACCUGAGAAAGCAGAUGAGAGCGUUCUGUCUAAUGUGCCAGAGGUACCUCACCAGUGUCAACACUUCUGUCAAAGAGCAGGCCUUCACCAUCCUGUGCGACGUGCUGAUGGUGUUCAGCCACCAGAUCGUGUCGUCCGGCCGCGAGGCCCUGGAGCCGCUCAUCUACAGCCCAGACUCCUCCCUGCAGGCCGAGGUGCUCAGCUUCAUCCAGGACCACGUCUUCGUUUACCAGGAUGAAGAGAUCAACACAGAUGAUCAGCGAUAUGAUGAGGUAUGGAAAAUUGAAGCUCUUCACAAAAGAAGGAACCUUCUGGCUGCAUACUGCAAACUCAUCAUUUAUAACGUGGUGGAGAUGAGCAUGGGAGCCGACAUCUUCAAACAGUACAUGAGGUACUACAACGACUACGGUGAUAUCAUCAAAGAGACCAUGAGCAGAACCAGACAGAUCGACAAGAUCCAGUGUGCCAAAACUCUAAUCCUCAGUCUCCAGCAGCUCUUUAACGAGAUGCUGACGGAGUUUGGCUGUAUCGUCGACCGCUCCUCUGCUGCGUUCUGCGGCAUUAAGGAGCUCGCCCGGCGCUUCUCGCUCACCUUUGGACUCGAUCAGGUCAAGACCAGGGACGCCAUCGCCAUGCUCCACAAGGAUGGUAUUGAGUUUGCCUUCAAAGAGCCCAGUCCACAGGGAGAGGGGAACCCUCCCCUACACCUGACUUUCCUCGACAUCCUCAGUGAAUUCUCCUCCAAACUGUUGCGCCAAGACAAGAAGACUGUGCACCUGUACCUGGAGCGCUUCAUGACGUUCCAGAUGGCGCUGCAGAGGGAGGACUGCUGGAUGCCACUCAUCUCCUACAGGAACUCGCUGCAGGCGGGCGCGGACGACGACACCAUGUCGGUCAUCAGCGGCAUCAGCAGCCGCAGCUCCACCCGCAGCAGGAAGAGCAAAGCCCCCUCAGUCAGCAGCAAGAGGAAACUACCAGAAGCAGAUGAGGGCAGCUGCAGCAGCACCGACGCCGCCAUGUGGUUGAACCGCGAGCAGGGCGCCCAGACCCCGGUCAUGAUGCCGUUGCCGCACCUCACCUCCACGGUGCUGCGCGAGCCCAAGAAGCUGCGGCAGGAGGAGGCCUACGUGUACGCCAUGGCCAACGAGCACCAGCACCAGCACCAGCAGCAGCACCAGCAGCAAGCCCCCCUGACCCCACAGAGCCAGCCCCAGCCCACCAUGGACUACAACACCCAGGUCACAUGGAUGAUGGCCCAGAGGCAGCAGGCUGAGGCCAGACAACAGCACGAGAGAGCCAGCAUGCACUAUGCCAAGAUGAGGAGUCACAUGCAACAGGCCAUUCGACGUGGAACUGGCUUAAUGGAAGAUGACGAGGAGCCCAUAGUGGAAGAUGUGAUGAUGUCCUCAGAGGAUCGACUAGAAGACUUAAAUGAGGGGAUGGAUUUUGACACUAUGGAUAUUGACCUGCCUGCUUCCAAAAAUCGUAGAGAGAGGACAGAACUCAAACCCGACUACUUUGAUCCAGCCUCCAUCAUGGAUGACUCAGUCCUCAACGUCUCCAUGUUUUAAGCUGAAGUCCACGGGAGAGGGGAGCGAGGCGAUGCUGUUUGCGUUGUUACAGAGAAAAAGCUUUUUGAGCCCGAGACUCAGAGAAUCAUUGGGCAUUUCAGUGAUGCUGGACUUAAAUACACAAGAGAGACAGCUUGAGCUGCCUUUCGGGUGACACCUUACACUCGAUAACUUUUUGCCAAUCUGUGAGUAAGCUUCUGUCCUACUCUUGUAAACCAGUAGUUGGUAUUUUAAUUUCUUACACAAGGCAUGGCAUGUAGCCAUAGAUAUCGAAUCUAUUAACAGCAAGAAAAAUGUGAAAUGUCUUGGUCAGAAAAAUCCUUUCCACAAAUGUAAUAUAUGGAGUUCUCUCUCAAUCAUGGUAUUUUUUAAAGGAAAUUUAAUUGGUCUGCUUUUUUAACAGAUAGAGGACUUUGAUUUAUAGAUAUUUUGUAAUGACAAUCAGAUGUAAAUCAGUACUUUAUAAAUGUGUUAUUACUCAAGAUGAGGACUUUAACCCUAUCCCUUAGAUUUUCCUCCCCGUGUGGGAUACUGGGUCUGAGGUCCAGAGUAUCUCAACAUUUCAUGAACAUUUAUCAUUGAACAUUUAUUACCUCUUUCUUUAGCUGAUAAAAGGUUGACGCUUCCGAUCAUUUCCUUUUAAGUCUAACACAGUUUUCUUAAGGUUGCCCUUCUGCCUUCUGUAACACAUAAUAAUGUUUGUUUGUAUGUUAGCAUCCCGGUACCCAGGGCUUGGUGGUAGGGUGAGAGGGGCUUAGAGGAGAAUCACCUACUAGAAGAGGGACUAAGUCAGUGGGGCAUUUUGUACAGUACUCCACAUACUGAUCUGAUGUCUGAGAUGACGUUGACCAAGGACGACCAUUGGGUGUAGUGACGGGGCGGGUUGGGUUGAGGUGGUGAAGCACUGAUGUCUUUAAUAUUUAAUUGCAUUUAUUUAACACAGUUGGCAUUUUAGAGUACAAGCCCAUAUGCUUUGGUGGAUGGGUGGGGGUUCAAAGGGGGUCGCAGAGGACUAUUCACUUAAAGUGAUAUUCCAGCACUAGACGUCAAGAAACCUAUUUUGUUCAGCAUUCAUACUUUGAAAUGGUUCUGUGGUGUUUUUGUCAACUGCUUAGUUUGAGUCAAUCAAUCGAAGACCACAAAUUACUUGUUGAAACGUCUUCAAUUUAGAAAUGUCUCGAAGACGUCUAAAGCAACAACAAAAUGUUCCUCAAUUGUUGGACUAUCGUAACCAUUUUAAAAUGGAGACCUGGGAAGGGACAGAAUGUAUUUUGAAUUUGCCUGAGAUUAUUUGACUGCUCUGCACUGUUUGAAUGUUGUGUGCAGUGAUGAGAAUGUGAACUUGAAUGUGUUGGUAGGUAAACAGGUGUAGCAACAGCACUUGUCUCACAGACCAGAUCGAACUUUAGCACAUAGUGACAUGAGUGCAGUCUGCACUCUACCACACGAAAUUAAGACCUUGAAGUGUGUCGAUAAUAAACGCACACAAGUCGAGGUCUACAAGCUUUUAAUCUUCAAUUCAGCCCCAACUUUCACAUUUCUGUGUACUUUUUAGCCCUGCCUUCAAGGGUCGCUAGAUUGGUCUAGAAAUGUAAAUGUUAUUAAUGCUGUUAUCAUUUUCCCACAUAUUUAGAACACAUUUCUCUAUGGCUGUCUCCAAACGUACAUGUUAAAGUCCUUAUGCUCCUUUGACUGUACAAGACCUGUUCAGGAACACACAUUUAUGUCCCACGGAAGCCUAGGUGUGGUCAGUUAAAGGUGCAGUCCUCAAUUAGAUUCCAAUACACUUUUUGCCAAAUUCAGUGAAUAUCUCCUCACGGUGCUCUAGCUGUACGUUUUGUUUCUGCGCUCAGAAAAACUCCUAGCUCUGUAAAUGGGAAACAAAGUGGCUCGGACCAAGCACCAAGUUCGAGGACUGCGCCUUUAAUAUUUUGAAGUGUUUGACCAAAAACACCCCAAAACCAUAUUACUCAACUCUGAAAAGUGGUGCAGAGUACGUUUUCUUGAGGCUUUACAUUGAAAUAUCACUUUAACUUACCUCCAAAAUGUAAAGUUUGAACUAUUCAGAGAUGUUUUAGUUAUUAUAUUAUCGCCAUCUCUUGUUUAAUGCCCUGUUUUAUGAGUAAGAAAAGGCGCUUGGUAUAGAAUGUUUCUAAAAUAAAACAUUUUGAUUUUGAAAUCCUGGUAUUAUAAUAUAUUAUUAUAUAUCCUUAAAUGUAUAAUUUUAUAUUAUAUUGCUUAAGUGUGUGAUAUAAUGUGAAUUGGUGCUGAUUUCAUGUUUGUUCACCUUUCUUUUUUCUUUUUUUUUAAUCUAAACUUUUUAAAGAAAGGUGAACCUUUUGGAGUUCUUCAGCUGGUCUCUAUCGUAAAGCCAACAGUUUUACACCAAGAGUUUCUACUUUGACUUGUGAUGGAGGGAUUUUUGCUUUGUAGAAUGCUCUAGAGGCACAAAGUACCUUUUUUCCCAGCAGGAAGUUCUUCAUGGAGGGGAGGUUCUAUGAAAGACCUCUGACUUCACACGUAACUCUUGAGGAACCCUUUUUCUAAGAGUGUAGAUCCAGGUUCACUAGAAGCUAGAAUGUAAGCGUACAGCUGAACUGCCUGGCAUUGAAAUCAUAUUGAACAUGUUCUUUUAUUUUUGUUGCUGUUGUAUUUUGUCAGUAGUAUAUGUUUCAUGUUUGACAAACCUUUUUUUUUUUUCUUCCUUUUUCCACUAUGUAUAUUUUUGGCUUGCCUAUUCCUAAUGUGCUUGUGGUUCAAGUUUUUGUUUUCCUUUCUUUGCCUGUGGCUGAGGUGUGGGGCGGGAGUAGACUUGUGAAUAUUGAGUUAGUGUGUUUCAAAUGUCUGACUUGGCUGAAAUAGAUCUAUUUUCUAAAGCAGGCGUCUGACCUCAAAGAGGCAGACCUAAAACCCUGCAUUGUUGAGUGUGUGUGUUUUUAGUUUGAACAGAAUCUUUUUAUGUAUGUGGUUUCACCUAGAGUGGAAUAUCGGUAUGUUCUAUUUUUUAUCCCUUUCCUUCAUUUUCAUUGAACUGCUGAACAUCAGUGUAUGUGUAUACAGAUACAGACAAAUGUCUGUAUAAACAUACACAUAUAAUAUAUUAAACUGUACAUAAACUCAGUUGUUUUGUAUUCUAUUUACAAAGCGUCCACUAUAUUAUCUCUGGUUUGUAUUUAUGUUUGCCACGGUGACUUUUUGAGCAGAAUAAAAUCCCUACAGUUAUAAUGAU